AUGAUGUAAGGAUUGUCAUCCCUGGAUGAUCUGUCCCUUAAAUCUUGCUAUUUUGACAUGUUUGGUUCUGAUACAGAUGCAGCGAAGAUAAUGUCAGUGAUGGAGGGAGAGACUGUCACUCUACACACGAAUAUAAGCAGCUAUAAUUAUAAAUGUGAGACAUGUUACAUGGAUUAUGUAGAGUGGAGUUGGUUUAGACCUAAAGAAUCUCUUAAUGUUAGAGUCAUUCAUCUUGAUGUGAAGACAGGUGAUAUUACAAAUUAUGAGAUAUUCAGAGACAGACUACAUAUGGACAGUCAAACUGGAUCUCUGACCAUCAGGAACAUCAGAACCACAGACUCUGGACUUUAUCAGAUGUACAGUAUAUUCUCAUUAGAAUCAUUCAAUGUUACUGUCUAUGCUCGUCUUCCCACCCCUGUCAUUACCAGCAACUCUACAUGUUCUUCAUUAUCAGGAACAUUACAGAAUUGUUCACUGCUGUGUUCAGUGUUGAAUGUGAGUCAUGUGACUCUCUCCUGGUACAAAGAAAACAGUGUAUUGUCCAGCAUCAGUGUGUCUGAUCUCAGCAUCAGUCUCUCUCUACCUCUGGAGGUGGAAUAUCAGGAUAACAACACCUACAGCUGUGUGCUCAACAAUUCAUUCACUAACCUGACUGAACAUUUGGACAUCAGUGAACUCUGCCAGACAUGUGCAGAUCAAGUCCACUGUUGCGGUUUCACUGAAGCUGUGAUUCGAUUGGUCAUCUCUGCUGUUGUGGGCGUGGCUACUGUUGCCAUAGUGAUUUAUGACAUCAGAUCCAGAAGAGCUGAACGUAUUUAAGUUUUUAUUAGUUUCUUUGUUCUUCUGAAAAUCUUUUAAAAAAAAGAUUUUUUUUUUAAAAUUUCAGUGUGGUAAUGCUUAUAAAGCUUUGCUAAACUAUCAUUUCUUCCUCCAAACUAAUGUGCUGAAGUUCUGUUGUCUUGGACUUUUU